CGGUGGUUGAUCCUAAAAACAAGUCACCGGAAGGGCCGAGAAGUUCCGAUGUUCCUAUGGGUGGAAACAACAAAGCUAGUCAACCGGAAUCUCCGAGAGCAGAGGAGCCGAAGGCUACGGGUGGCGUAUCUGGCCCGGUAGCUGACGCUACAAACAAGUCACCGGAAGUGCCGAGAAGUUCCGACUGUUCCUACGGGCGGAAACAACAAAGCUAGUCAGCCGGAAUCUCCGAGAGCAGAGCAGCCGAAGGCUACGGGCGGCGGAUCUGGUCCGGCAGCUGAUGCUACAAACAAGUCGCCGGAACUGCCGAGAAGUUCCGACGUUCCUACGGGCGGAAACAACAAAGCUAGUCAGCCGGAAUCUCCGAGAGCAGAACAGCCGAAACCACAAUUGCAACCUUUGAUUGAUGCCGGGGGAAAGGGCGAAACAGCAAGAGAUGUGGACGCGGCAAAGCUGACGACUGGCGGUGGCGAAUCUGGUCGUGGAGGAGAGACAUUAAACAAGCCCCAGGAAGUACCGAGAAAUGUCGAUGUUCCUGCCGGCGGGAACAAAGCUGCCCAGCCUGAGGCUCCAAGAGCAGAAGAGCCUAAAGCACAAGUGCCAGGAAAGGCCAGUGGCAGCUCUGAGGUGCCUAGGGCGGAACAGCAUAACCCACCUGCGGUCGUGAAGCCAACGACCAACAAGAACAGUGAAGGCAGAGAACAAAGCCAACCUGAAAUUCCGAGAACUGAGGUUCCGAAGCCACCUACUCCAUCCAGCGCAGCUAAGGACGACAGAGGAGAGGCUACACCAAGUAAAGCUCAAGAAACUCCUCGCACGGAAGAGUUCAAGAGUAAGACUGUCGUUGACAAAAAAGGUGACCCGCCGGUAGCGGUCACUGUAACUAAGGAUUCAACGACGAAGGUGGUUGUUCAAGACAAGAAAGAAGCCAAAGAGGACAUGAAGCCAGGUCCGACAAAAAUGGUCGAGACAACCGAAUCCGAAACACACAUUUCAAUUGACGACCACAAACCCGAGAAGAAACCCACGGCUGUGGUUGUUCAAGAGGAUAGACCACAUGGAGGCAAAAAGGACACAGACAAAGAAACAGUGUUAGUCAUUAAAAACAUCACAGUUCAAGUGGAACCAGAGGCAGAUAAGCCGGACUCCAAGCCAGAUAAAAUUGUUCCAGUUGUGCCACCAACGGAGUCAGUAGUGUACCCACCGCCUCCAAUAAUAAAUCCACCAUACCCUCCAUAUCAACAACCUCCGGCUUAUCAACCUUAUCAGCCCUAUCAGGCGCCCCCGUAUCAUCAACCUGGUGGAACGGUCGUAUAUAUACCACAACGUGUUUAUCAGCCUGACCCUCAAAUGAACUACGUGCCUGGCACUCUGUUACCUUACCAAGGCCAGCAGAUGCGCCCCACAUACCAGCCGGUCCAGUAUCACCAGCCUUAUGCCGGUUACCAGCAAACUGCUUAUCAUCCAGUCUACCAACCGACAUAUCACCCAGUAAACGGUCCUGCCUAUCCGCAAGCCCAACAUACAGCUUACAAUCCUGCGUACAUGCCAAGCUACCGGCCACAGCAACAGGUAAUCUACGUUCCACAAUACCAACCUCCACGUGGAAAUCCUUCAGGGCACUACAUUCCAAACCAAGCCAACCACCACACAGUCUAUACUCCUACGUACAUACGCCAGCACAAUCCUGCCCCAAUGGCAGUUUACCAGGCAGGAUAUCCUCCUCCGGCUAACAUCCGUUACGCCGCACCCAUUUACCAGAACUAUCCGCACUAUUCUCCAGCCGUGAAACCAGUGUACCCCGCACAACGACAGCGUGUGGUAAACUUGAGGCACAAACGGCCUGUCGUUAAGCGACCCGGUCAUCGAACUGUCUCUCACGGAGGCUACAGGCGCAAUGUCAACGAGCAAAAUCAUGCUUCUCAACUACACUUCCCACCAGUGAUUGCUCACAAAGAGAAUGCAGCCGUGCCCAACCGCGCUCCCGCACCGAUGACAAGUCCCGCAGCCCAUCCAGUGGCACCGGGCCUUUUCCAGAACCACAGAUCACACAAAGCAGGUGAAAAUCCACACUACAAAGCCAGUCACCCGCCGAAGAAGAUGAGUUGGAAGGGACCAACCUACAAUGAACCAUCUAUUCCUGUGGCCUACAGGAGAUCGGUCCUUGAUGAUGAAACUCCUGCUGGAGAAGAUAUGGAAAUGCUGGAAAUCUAUGAAGAUGUCGAUGCGUAGGUGGGUCACCCAAUCGACACGGACAACGAGCUCGUCUAACUUUUGGGAUGUUUGUGUAGCCUUCCACGUGUACAAGCUGUUUCCUCGCCGUAAACAUAAGUAACAACUCGUCCAUGUAUUUAAACCUUAGAUAUAUCGGUAACGACUUAGAGAGUGCUACGUAAAACGCAUGAAAUCCUUAUUGCUUUUCGCGUAUAGUCUUUGACCUUCACUUCUUUUAGAUAUCCCUAACAUUACGCGAAGCGAAUUCAUUUGGCGCUCACUACGGUGGCCAGUGCGUAGGAUGCUCUUUCACCACACAUCCCUCCAGCGUUAUAUUCGCUUUUGAGUAUUCGUUGUAAUAUAAACGUAUCUUUUUCAUGGUACAGUUUGUAACCUUCGCACUGCACUGGCAGAUUAUGACAACAUGUAUAUUCUUGUUUAAUAAACGAUUAUU